AUGCUGGGACAUCUGCCAAUCACCACAAGAUGGCCUCCGCUCCUCUGCUCAGGUUUCGCAUCUUCAGUCCAGGAUGUGUGACUGCCUACUGCAGAACUUCCUCAUCACAAUCCACCACUGCUCACAAGCUCAAACCAUUUGGGGUUCAGCUUAUAAAAUGUAUCUUUUGGCAAUGCAGCUCCUACCAUGUUGUGCGUCCGGCUACUGUUGGACCAUCUUACCCUGUACCCAAGCACAUAAAGAAGCCAGACUAUGUGACGACAGGCAUUAUACCAGACUGGGGAGACCACAUCGAAAUUAAAGAUGAAGAUCAGAUUCAGGGUCUUCGACAAGCCUGUCAGCUGGCUCGCCAGAUCCUCCUCUUGGCUGGAAAGAAUUUAAAGGCUGGCAUGACAACUGAGCAGUUGGAUUACAUUGUGCAUCACGAAACAAUCAGAAAUAAUGCAUACCCAUCGCCACUGGGUUAUGGAGGUUUUCCAAAGUCUGUUUGUACCUCUGUGAACAAUGUGGUAUGUCAUGGCAUACCUGACAGUCGACCCCUUCAGAAUGGAGACAUUAUCAAUAUUGAUGUCACAGUGUAUUUCAAUGGAUACCAUGGUGACACCUCUGAAACAUUCUUGGUUGGAAAUGUGGAUAAACCUGGGCAAAAGCUGGUGGAGGUUGCCAGAAGAUGCAGAAAUGAAGCAAUUGCUGUUUGUAGGCCAGGAGCACCACUGAAUGUAAUUGGAAAUACAAUCAGUCAGAUAGCAGAUGCCAGUGGCCUGCAAGUAUGUCCGUAUUUCAUUGGCCAUGGGAUAGGCUCUUAUUUCCAUGGACAUCCUGAAAUUUGGCAUCAUGCUAAUACCAAUAACCUGGUGAUGGAAGAGGGAAUGACGUUUACAAUAGAACCGAUUCUCAUGGAGGGAUCCACAGAAUUCAGAAUCUUGCAGGACGGAUGGACGGCAAUGUCUGCUGAUGACCUUAGAUCAGCCCAGUUUGAACACACUAUAGCAAUUACAGCAAAAGGAGCAGAAAUUCUAACUAGAUUGCCGGAGGAAGAUCAAGGGUAAACAGGAAAGCCAGGGAUUCGUUGCAGACACGGCAUUAAAAUGACUUUCUAUCCAGAGUGUUUCAAGACCGCACUGUUGUCAACGUUGCUGAUGGACACAGUGUUCAAUGGAGUCAAGUCGAAGUUGACUGAAGGAAAUUUGUCGCAUUUGGAAUUUGAUACUUCUCCCAUUGAGAGUUUUUGACAAACCAUGUUUACUGCGUCGUUUUAAUAAAUGUUUUGAAAAUAGUGACCCAGUAAAUGUUGUGUAUUGUGCAUUUGGUGCCAGAAUUGCAGCUGGUCGAGAAGAUAUGAAAUGUUGCAUCGAGCUUCCAAUGGCUUUGUGUAUAUAUGUGCUGAGAAGGAUAAGCUGUCAUUUGUUUGCUGACGGGUCUGAAGGAACAGUAUGAAACAGUUUAAACUACCAAGUUAGGGUAUUGCAUAACCGCCUAUCGUAGUUUGGGUUUAAAACCUAUGUUAAAAGGAAAGUGCAACUUCUGCGUACGUUUAAAUGAAGAACUGAGGUGAUUUUGACUUUAAGCAAUGUAAACUGAAGAGCAGCCGUUGAAAGGCGACUACGUUAUACUCAAUAGGAUAGACAAAUCCAGAAAAGCUGCGUAUGACAAGUUUAACCGUACUGGUAUUUACAGGUUGAGCCGCACAUUAUUAACCAUUUGGUAUAUCCACGUGGAAUUAACUAUUUCGACAACAAAUCCCAUCAUUACUAACUAAAGUAGAAAUUGUGUGGAGUCUAAAGAAGCAACAAAUAAUCUAGUUUGAAUAUCUUUGACCCAUUUUUGUUAAAUAUGAUGAAUGUCAGUAUUGAAUGGUUCCGGGACGGACAGGUUGUAAAGUUUGUAUCAAUGUAUGGUGCCAAACAUGAGAUGUAAUGGUCAUCAGAUAAUUGAAAUACUUAAUACAAAUGAUAUGAACAGCUGUUUCCAGAGAAUAUAUAUGCGCUCAUAAUGCUCGAACCAUUUAUGUAAAUUGAUGUGGCCUUCAGUUGCACAAAUUAUUUUCACUAUUGAUCUGAACGUUUGUAGAUCUGUAAUUAAGCUGAUGACGACAGGAAUUGUUUAUCCUAUUCAAAAUGGUGCGUUAUCAGUCCAUAUAUUACAGAAUUAUUAUGGAAAAUGGGCAGAGAAAUUCGUGGGGCUUUCAAAAGUGUUCAUUCAAACAUUGUUUAGCGAUGAGCUGCAAUAUAAUUAGCUAUGUAUACACAGAAGACAGAUAACAUGAAGAUAUGUGAUUGGAUAAAGAAAAACGGUAAAAUUGUAUUUUUAUAAGAUUACCACCAUGUGUUUCAUUUUGUAAUGAAACAGAUUAAUCAGUGUGCUCCUCCAGUUAUCUUUAAGGCUUGACUAUUCCUCCUGAUAGUUGGGUUAUCUUAUUUUAUGGUGGACGAUGACACGCUAUCGGUAAAUGUAGUAUUAUUGCCAACUCCUUCAGACCCUGAAAGUACAUUUUCUUUGGGAAAUCAAUCGAGAUAAAAUCACUUAGUUUGUUUCGGCAAUUUUCAGGGUUUUUUGUAAAAAUACACAAAGUCUGAAUUAAUUAAUUAAUUUCAGAGAUCGCUCAUGCUUUAACCAUGACCGUUUAAACGUUGGACAUUUGCUUUGUCUCUAAAUUAAUAUGAAACCUAGAAACCAUUUAAACACCUAUUACUUCAGUGAUGUAUCUGGAGGUGACGUUUGGUACUUCAACCACUUGUUCCUAUUUUGCUCAGUUAGCAGACACACCACUUCUCUUUUCUUUCCGAGCCACAUGUAAAUCUUGUCACUGACCCCUAUUACGACAUACAGGUAUUUGCCUAUGGUAAAGCCAACCUAUCCUAUCGGAAAUUAUUGAAUUGUAAAUCUGUAAAGGGUAUUUAUAUAAUCUAUGCUGUAUUAUAUUAUGUGUAUUACACGUUUAAUUUAGUAUGUUGUUAAAUCCUAUGUGUUCUAAAGAAUACUGUGCGAUUUGUUCAGCUUUUUGGCAACCUAUUUUCAGUAAGGCUGAAAUUAAACAAAAUAAGUAAUUACCACAAGAGUGAAAGGAUUCAUCUGAAAGCUUUGCUGAAGUAUUUGUAAAAUGUGUAGUAAUAAACUGGAAAGAGCGAAUGCCAUAGGUGCAUAUCAUCAAUGAACUGUAACAGAACUGUAACUAUACUCUGCGAGAAAAUAAUAACCGAUUACCUGGAAUUAUUUGGCUGGGUACCCUCGCCACAUAUACAAUGUCUUACAGUUUGUUUACAUGUUCUCAUUCUCGGGUUAAAAUUGUCUUGUUGAAAGUUUACGCCAUUUUGUUUUCAAUUCGUGUGUGCUGAUUGCCGUCACUUGUUAUUUAUUGGGAGGAAGAAAUCAAGUUGCUCAAACCAAAGAAUUUUUCAUCUUUCUUAUUGGACCCUUGUUCUUAAUAUUAAACAUUUUAUGACUGAGGUAAAGGUCGUAAAAGCAUAAAUAUGCAGAAACGAGAUUUGUCCCUUUAAUUGUGCAUGUAAUUAAAUUAUUAAUUAUGGCAACGCGCAUGCAGAUGGUCAUACCUUGCGUGUAGGUGCUUUUGAACACAAUGUUAAAGAUCAUACGUAAGAUCAUGUUUUGUUGUUAAUUAAGGUUUUAUAUGAAAUAUAUGAAUUUCCAAGUU